AUGGAAGUACAAACAGAAACAAAGCCCUCAGUCUCCGGCACAACGAGGGUGCUAAGAAUCCCCGGAGGUAAAACUCAACGCAAACUAAAAAUAGGUACUUGGAAUGUUCGUAGCAUUUAUGAAAGCGGUAAACUAGCAAAUACCAUACAAGAAAUGAAGAGACUUCACAUCGAUAUAUUAGGUGUUUGUGAAACAUGGUGGCCUGAUUCUGGCAAAUGUAAAACAAACGGUGCAACAAUGUAUUAUUCCGGGAACCAAAAUAGAACUUUAUUGCUUCAAAUACACGCGAAGCCUUUGAAUAUAAACAUCAUUCAAACAUAUGCACCAACUGCUGAUAAAACUGACGAAGACGUUGAAUCAUUCUACAAUGAAGUCGAGGAGCUCAUGAAAAUGACCAAAAAACACGAGAUCAACAUCAUUAUGGGGGAUUUUAAUGCCAAAAUAGGAAAGUCGCAAGUAGAAAAAAUUGUUGGACCAUUUGGUUUAGGUACCAGAAACCCAAGAGGUGAUAGACUAAUUCAGUUCUGUACGGAACAAGAGCUCAAAAUAAUGAACACUUGGUUUUGUUUACCACCUCGUCGACUUUACACAUGGAAAUCACCUGAAGAUAACGAUCGAAAUGUAAUCCGGAACCAGAUCGACUUUAUAUUAAUUAACCAGCGAUACAGUACAUGCGUAUCAAAAGUUUCAACGUAUCCAGGUGCCGAUGUUCCUUCAGACCAUAAUUUACUGUUAUCGCAAAUCAACAUAAAAUUGGCAGUAAUGACAAAAUCAACACGCAAAAAACAUUUAGACCUACAGAAACUCAAGGAAUAUGAAUGUAAAACCGAAGUUACUCAGGAGCUUAAUAAUCAAAUGAAAUUAAAUUUCGAAGGUACCAGCUUUAAUAAUGUGGAAAUUGAUGAAGUAUGGGAUCGAUUGAAAAGUACUAUGAAAAAUGUAGCUUCAACCAAACUGGGCCACACGAACAGCAGAGCAAAACAGAAAUGGAUGACAAGCGAGAUCUUAAACUUAAUGGAUCAGAGACGAAUGCACAAAAAUAAGGACUAUAGUCAAUAUAAGCGCCUGCAAACAGUAAUUCGCUCAAAAAUUAGAUCUGCAAAGUCACAAUGGUUGAACUCUCAAUGUCAAGAAAUUGAGACUUUUCAAAAUCGUCACGAUAUGUUUAAUCUUCACAAGAAAAUUAAAGAAACCGCUGGAGUAUACCGCAAACAGACAUUUUCUAAUCUAGUUGACAACAAUAAUAAUAUAGUCCUAGAUCAAGAACAGAAAAAACAAGUCUGGAAGGAAUACAUAGAAGAAGUAUUCGAUGAUAUUAGUAGAACCGAUGCUCUAAGAACUUCGGAAACUGAACCCACAGGUCCUUCAAUAACAACAGAGGAAAUAAAAAGAGCAAUUAAGUUGUCAAAAAAUAAUAAAGCUCCUGGACCCGAUGAGCUACCCGCAGAAAUUUUUAAGCUAAUAGAUGACGAAAACUUAGAAAUUUUGAAAAACAUUUUUGGCUAA